UCAAAUCGUCAAAUGUUCAUAGCUAGCUUAACAUGCCUGAAAAGUACAAGAUGGUUGUGGUGUCAAAACAGUCAAACUGAACGUUGGAAAAUAAAAAAGGAAGCACAGGGUAACACAGCCUGGACGAGAGGACGCUGUAUUGUUUAUUACUCCUAAAAGUCGUGGCGGUGAGGCGUAGCCAUGGACACCAGCACCUCUCUGGCCAUCCAGAGCCUGUUCAGCUACGUGGAGGAGGACAACGUGCCGGCCAUCAAAGCCCACCUGGACAAGUUCAAGGAGGUGGACAGCAGGAGCGAGAAUGGUCAGACUCCCCUGAUGGUGGCAUCAGAGCAGGGCAGCCUAGAGAUGGUCCAGGAGCUCCUCAGGAGGGGAGCCAAUGUCAACCUGGAUGACGUGGACUGCUGGACGGCGCUGAUCUCGGCGGCUAAGGAGGGCCAUGUGGAGGUGGUGAAGGAGCUGCUGGCCAACAAUGCCAGCCUGGAGCACCGGGACAUGGGGGGAUGGAGCGCCCUCAUGUGGGCUUCCUAUAAGGGUCGUGUGGAGGUGGCCCAGCUGCUGCUGGAGAAAGGAGCUAGCCCCAACAUCACUGGCCAGUACAGUGUGUUCCCUGUCAUCUGGGCAGCCGGACGAGGCCAUGCUGAGAUCGUCCAUCUCCUCAUUAAGCAUGGCGCUAAAGUCAACUGCUCUGACAAGUAUGGCACUACCCCGUUGAUCUGGGCAGCCAGGAAGGGCCACUUUGACAGUGUGAUGCACCUGCUGGUCAAUGGGGCUGAUGUGGACCAGGAGGGAGCGAAUUCCAUGACAGCUCUAAUCGUGGCGGUGCGGGGUGGUUUCAAUGAGGUGGUGAAGGAGCUUCUGAAGAGGAACCCCAAUGUCAACAUGACAGACAAGGACGGCAACACAGCCCUGAUGAUUGCUGCCAAGGAGGGCUAUACUGAGAUUGUGCAGGACCUGCUGGAUGCUGGCACCUACGUCAACAUACCAGACAGGAGUGGGGAGACUGUGCUGAUUGGAGCAGUGCGUGGAGGACAUGUGGAGAUCGUCAGAGCCCUUCUGAACAAAUAUGCCGACAUUGACGUCAGGGGACAGGACAGUAAGACUGCUCUCUACUGGGCGGUAGAGAAAGGGAACGCCACCAUGGUGAGAGACAUCCUCCAGUGCAACCCGGACACUGAGAGUUGCACCAAGGAUUCAGAGACCCCUCUGAUCAAAGCCACCAAGAUGAGGAACAUUGAGAUAGUAGAGCUGCUCCUGCACAGAGGGGCCAAGGUGGCUGCUGUCGACAAGAAAGGAGACACAGCCCUUCACAUUGCCAUCAGAGGGCGGAGCCGCAAGCUGGCUGAGCUCCUCCUGAGGAACCCUAAAGAUGGCCGCCUGCUCUACCGCCCCAACAAGGCCGGCGAGACGCCUUACAACAUUGACUGCACCCAUCAGAAAAGCAUCCUCACCCAAAUAUUUGGAGCCAAGCACCUGUCUCCUUCUGAGUCUGACGGUGACAUGCUGGGGUAUGAUCUGUACAGCAGUGCCCUGGCAGACAUCCUCAGUGAGCCCACCAUGCAGCCUCCUAUCUGUGUGGGCCUGUACGCCCAGUGGGGCAGCGGCAAGUCCUUCCUGCUCAAGAAACUGGAGGAUGAGAUGAAGAAUUUUGCGGGCCAGCAGAUUGAACCUCUGUUCCAGUUCUCCUGGCUGGUGGUGUUCCUCACGCUGCUGCUGUGUGGCUCUGUAGCUCUGGUCCUGGGCUUCACAGUCACCCACCGCCUGGCCAUCGCUGUCUCCCUCAGCCUCCUCGCCCUGCUCUACGUCUUCUUUGUGUUGGUGUACUAUGGGGGUCAUCGUGAGGGGGAGAACUGGAACUGGGCGUGGGUCCUCAGUACCCGUCUGGCCCGUCAGGUGGGCUACCUGGAGCUGCUUCUUAAACUCAUGUUCGUCAACCCCCCCGAGCUGCCUGAGCAGACCACCCGCGCCCUGCCUGUCAGGUUCCUGUUCACAGACUACAACCGUCUGUCCAGUGUGGGAGGAGAGACGUCUAUGGCAGAGAUGAUAGCCACUCUGUCUGACGCUUGUGAGAGGGAGUUUGGCUUCAUGGCCACCCGCCUCUUCAGGGUGUUCAAGAACGAAGAGAACCAAGGUAAGAAGUGGAAGAAGACGUGCUGCGUGCCCAGCUUCAUGCUGUUUGUCGUGACUCUGGGCUGCCUGAUCACAGCCAUGGCGCUGCUGGCCAUCUUCAAGGUUCAGCAUGACAACCUGCCGGUGAACGCGGUGCUGAUCGCCAUGGCCAGCGUGGUGGGCCUGGCCCUCCUGUUGAACUGCAGGACUUGGUGGCAGGUGGCCGACUCCGUCCUCAACUCUCAGAGGAAGAGGCUGCACAGCGCUGCCAACAAGAUGCACAAGCUCAAGAGCGAGGGCUUCAUGAAGGUGUUGAAGCAGGAGGUGGAGCUGAUGUCAAAGAUGGCCAAGACCAUCGACGGUUUCACCCAGAACCAGACCCGCAUGACGGUCAUCAUCGACGGCCUGGACGCUUGCGAGCAGGACAAAGUGCUGCAGAUGCUCGACACGGUGAGGGUGCUGUUCUCCAAAGGCCCCUUCAUCUCUAUUUUCGCCAGUGACCCCCACAUCAUCAUCAAGGCCAUCAACCAGAACCUGAACAGCGUGCUCAGGGAUUCCAACAUCAACGGCCACGACUACAUGAGGAACAUCGUCCACCUGCCUGUCUUUCUCAACAGCCGAGGUCUUAGCACCACCAGGAAGCUUUGCAUGGCCAGCCCCACUCCCAACGGAGACCUGGUCAACCCUGAGGGAUGGCAUGAGGACAUGGACAGGAAGCUGUCCUCGAACAGUCUGGGGGAUCAGGCCAAGUUUGGCAGCAAGACGGCCCUCAACCGCAGAGACACAUACCGCAGGAGGCAGAUUCAGAGGACCGUCACCAGACAGAUGUCCUUUGACCUGACCAAGCUGCUGGUCACUGAGGACUGGUUCAGUGACAUCAGCCCCCAGACCAUGAGGAGGCUGCUCAACAUCGUCUCUGUCACAGGUCGUCUGCUGAGGGCCAAUCAUAUCAUCUUUAACUGGGACCGUCUGGCGUCAUGGAUCAACAUGACAGAGGAGUGGCCCUACAGGACCUCCUGGCUCAUCCUCUUCCUGGAGGAGACUGACGGCAUCUCAGACCAGGUCACCCUGAAGACCAUCUACGAGAGAAUCUCCAAAAACAUCCCCACCACCAAAGAUGUGGAGCCCCUGUUGGAGAUCGACGGGGACAUCCGCAGCUUCGAGGUGUUCCUGUCCUCGCGGACACCUGUUCUUAUGGCCUGCGACAUGGAGAUGUUCCUUCCCUGCACCGUCAACCUGGACCCCAAACUCCGCCAGAUCAUUGCAGAUGUCCGUGCUGCCAGGGAGCAGAUGCACAUUGGAGGAGUGGCCUAUCCCACGCUGCCCCUGCAGGACGUGCCAGCCCGCGCCCCCUCCUCUUUCGGCCAGCACUCGGCCGCCUGCUCUCCCACAGGCUCCUACGUUGGUUCCCUUCCCCCCCCAGGGCUUCUGCCCCCCCAGCCCCACAGCAGUUACUACAGCAUGCCUGCCCCCCAGCACCCCUUCUACACCCGGCCCUAUUUUCCCAAUCAUGUGUAUCAACUUCCCCGGCAUCAAUACAGCUCCCAUCUUCACCCUGCCCCAACCCAGUCACGCCCCUCCUUCAAAGCAGGCUACCCAAGGGACCCCAAUGGGCUUGGUUCUGCCUCUGGGGUACCGGGAACCCCUGUGGUACUCCUCAGCUCUCUGAACACGGACGCAGUGUGUGAGCGCGUCAAACAGAUCGCCGGCAUGGACUCUAACAUGCUGGGCCAGUAUACCGCCACUAUCAAGAAGGCCAAUGUGAAUGGCCGGGUGCUGUCUCAGUGCAACCUGGAAGAGCUGAAGAAUGAAAUGAACAUGAACUUUGGGGACUGGCAGCUCUUCAGAGGCAUGGUGAUGGAGCAGCGUAAUGUGGAGGGCCAGCGUCAUAGGGAGGGCCAGGCCCUGCAGGAUGAGUCCCGUGCGGCCAGCGAGCAGGGCAGCAGCGUGGUCAACAUGGAGACGGCCAGGCAGCAGGGCCAGGGAGCUCCCCAUGAGGUGGGCGGCUACAUCCUGAACCUCAGCUUCGAGGAGCUCAGUACCCUGGGCCUGAGCCUGGAGGAACCCACCCAGACACGCAGAGAGACUACACAGCACUGGCCCAUGGCGGCCACCCACCAUACCCCGAGUAUGUCCAGCCUCAACUCCCAGGAGUCAUCCAACGACAUCUGCAAGCUUACGGACAAGCAGCAGGCAGAGUACCGCGAUGCCUACCGUGAGUACAUCGCCCAGAUGACCCAGCUGGACGUGGCCGGAGGCAGGGGAGAGAAGUCUGUCCAGCCCCACCUGGGCCAGUUCCUCCAAUACCGAGAUGCCAGAAACCCAGAGGAGAAUGCCAAAGACGGGUCCGAGAAGGAUGGCCGCAAGCCCUCUUUCCCUACCAAGAGAGGUGCUAAAGCCACGGACGUGGUUGACACUGAUGCACCCCUGGACCCCAUCAGCGAAGAGGAUGAGAAGCUUGACGCCUCCAAAGCAGGCAGUUCCAAGGUAAAGGGACCAGGGCCUCGCUACCACAAGGUGCCCAGCAACGAGGAGGAGGAGUCCGGGCCGGAGGAAUCAGAAAACACCCCUCUGCUCAACGAAGGGGGUGCCCAAGCUCCCAGCAACAUCGCCCUGAACAAGAACUCGUCCGACUCGGGUGUGAGGUCUGGCGAGAGCUCCUCAGACCACUCCCUGGAGGAAGUGUUAGUGGAAGCAGAAGAGGAAGGGGUUAUUAAACUGGAAUUGGAGGGUCUGGUCAAGAAGAGGGGCCUGCUGCCCAGCAGUCUGAGCGGCCUUCAGGAUUCCACUAUCACCCGCAUGUCCAUCUGCUCUGAGGCCCCGUCCGAGGGCAGCCUAAUGGCCUCCAGUCCCGAUGAAACCUGGUUCCGCUCCAGCUCCUCCGUGAGCAACCUCAACCGCACCCCCAGCACCACCACGCUCAACAACAACAGAAACAGCAGCAACAACGCUGCCACCACCAACACUAGCCAAGACAACCAAGACACAGAGAGCUCCACCCCAGUCCUCAUCACCCCAGGCUCCAGCACCGGCUCUACCUCCACCACGAGUCCCGUCCACAACCAGAACCUGUGUGGGAUCAUCCAUAAGAGGGCGCUGGGCACCGGCGAGGCCCUCAAAGGCUGCACAGGGGCCCCUGACGCUAUUGUCUUGGAGGACGAGAGAGAGAGUGUCCUGUGAGAGGGGCCCGGGCCUUUUUGGAGGAGGUACCAUAGAUGUUUGAUGAUGUGAUGUGCUACAAAAAAUAAAUGCCUUUCACCAAUCCUGUGUUACGUUGAUAUGGAUGGCAAUCAAAACAGGCCUAUUAAUCUGUGACGUCGUUUAAAAAAUAUUUGAGAGAAGAAGUUGAUAUGCGGAUCAGUAAACAUCAAUUUACAUGAAAAGAAUCACCUUUUUUUCCAACCAUAGAAAUAUUAAAUCAUUUGGGUUGAAGAAAUUCAAUGUCCUGAAUAGAUUUUGUGAAAUCAUUUGAAAGUUAAUGACGAUGACAUCAGACUAAAAUGAAAUAUACGUCAAAUUGAAAUGGCCCUCUAAUUCAAUUAAGUGUGCUGUCAUGUUCACUUUAGCUGUUACUAAAUAAUGGUAGUGAAUUGUUGGAUAAUGGUAGUGAAUUAUGGAGUUGUGUGCAUGAAUGUUGUGUUGGUGGUGGUGACAUUACAGUACAGUGGUGUGUGUUGGUGCAAUGUGUUCUGUACUUUGUGAUUGGUUACUGAAAUCUGAGUUGGCUUUAUGUGCUUGAAAACAAAAAAAGUUUUCCUAAUUUUUAGUUAUCAAGUACCUAUUAAAACAUGUCAUUUUCAGAGUUAAUUUAUGUAGCGUGGCUGUGGAUUGGCGUUCCGACACCUUUUUUCCAUGUGACUGAAAGGUCUAUUUGCCCAAGAAUAUACUGAUAUUUUGUGCUAUAAUUUUUUUUUUUAAUGACAUCUUUAGUGUGAACAGUGAUGUGGUAAACCUGAGUUUCCCAUGCGCUACGGAUGUCCAUCCGAGGUUCUGAACCUUUUUCAGAGUGCAAUGUGAAGCCAUGUAUUUGUGAAAUAAAACAUGUUGUCUGAA